GAGACUCAUCGAUGCAAACCCCUGACAACUCUCUCAUGAGGCAAGAGGCUUACAAGGGGGAGCCUCUUGAAACGCACUGAAAUGUCCUAUCAUAUCCUAUGCAGGCGAAAUUCUGGAUCGGAUUCGCACCAGCAGAUAUUUUGCGAUCCGCCCCAUACAAGCUGCUUUAAGUAUCAAGUUUAAUAACCGCGAUGGAUCACGUUUACUCUCUGCGUCCUUCGUUCUGAAAGCGAGUCCAGAGGAUCCAUCUCCCCAUUGUUUCUGACGAAAGGAUACAUGGAAUUUAUUCAACGAAGCAUAUUGGCCGCAGGUUAUAGUUUGUUGGAUAAGGGUCUUGUACCCGAUUUUAUCCUUCGUUUGGCCAUCCGUACGCUUUGUCGGCAACGUCUGCGUGAAAUUGACCACGGCUCACUUGAAGCGAAUCAUGAGGCCAAGAUGAAGUGGAUAGCAGACGCGCGCAGUAGAAGUCAUAUUGCUGACUCUACUCAGGUCGCCAACGAUCAACACUACGAGGUGUCGACGAAGUUUAUUCUUUCUUGCCUUGGUCCAUACGCCAAAUACUCGUCAUGCUUGUAUCCGACAGGGACGGAAACUCUGGAAGAAGCUGAAGUUCUCAUGCUAGAGAGCUACUGUAGCAAGGCACAGUUGAUGGAUGGCCUUGAUAUAUUGGACCUCGGAUGUGGUUGGGGCAGCUUAACGAUAUAUCUCGCUCAAAAAUAUCCCAAUGCCCGCAUAACAGGCUUGUCGAACUCAGCUACACAAAAAGCCCAUAUCUACUCGGUUGCCGAGGCAAGAAGUCUUACAAAUAUAAAGGUCAUUACUGCAGAUGUCAAUACGCACCAAUUUCGCGACGACGAACGCUUUGAUAGAAUUUUAUCAAUAGAGAUGUUCGAACAUAUGAAAAAUUACGAGGCACUGCUUUGCAAAAUAUCUACUUGGCUACGUCAGUCGCCUCAAUCUUCGGAAGAAUCUCUGCUUUUUGUGCACUUGUUCUGUCAUAAAACGAUGCCAUACCAUUUCGAGGAGGGGGAUGGGUGGAUGGCACAGACCUUUUUUACAGGCGGAACAAUGCCUUCUCACGAUCUUUUGCUAUAUUUCCAGACCAAGUUGACAUUGGUCAAUAGUUGGUAUAUCAAUGGGUGUCACUACUCUCGAACAUUAGAAGACUGGCUAAAGAAGCAGGAUCGAAAUGCCUCUGAAGGACUCGACGAGCUAGCAGCCGAUGCUCAAACCAAAGGUUUGUCGAAAGACGAAGGCAGAAAAGCAUUUUAUAGGUUCCGCGUCUUCUACAUAGCUUGCUCUGAACUUUUCAGACUACAUAGCGGGCAAGAGUGGGGAGUGGGUCACUACUUGUUCAGAGUGAAGAACCCAGCCCAAGGUAGUUGAGUUGAGAAAGUUGCUCCAUUGCCAAGUUCAUCGCAGGCUAUACCCUCUGGAUAAUAUAUUUCGAAAUCUCUUCAAACCCUCUUUGUAGCAGCAUUGCCAUAGCACUGAAAUAUCCAACGGGUAGUACUGUAAAACUAAUGAGCGCUUUAAUGAGUGGGCAUGCCGGUGAUUUUAGACCAUCGGGCACAUGACGGGGCGCGAAAUAGGACUGCGUGAGACGAGACAGCCUAAAUAAUAUAUACUAAUUGCAUUGUAUUCUUUUGCGACGAGAUUUAUUCGUCAGUUGACAUGAACUCGUUUUCUGAUGAUAACGGUUCGAUGAUUAGUUCCUUCUCCAAACGCUCCGCUGUGUCCUCGAUGAGUUGCUCUGCAAUGAUAAAUGCUCGAUUUGAACGGAUCACAUCAAACACCUUUUUUUUUACAUCCAUCUGCCAUCUGACCAAAUGGGUUUCUCUGAAAACGCUGAGCGGCCUCUUUAUACGGCAUGGGAUAUCGACCAUCGAGUAGAAAUCGACCCAUUCCAUUCCACCACGCCUGCCACCAAUCCGCGGAGCACAGAUCUUGAUUCGAACAAUCAAGAGCGUGUUCGUUGAUUUCAGGAAGCUCACAGGCAACCAUACGACGGUGUUCAUCGAGGAUUUUACGAAGAUUUGCUAGGGCAACAAAAACAGAAUGCCCAAAUUGCGUUCGGUGGCGGUGAUCUGGUUUAGGGGGUUUCGACCAAAGGGACAAAACCGUGUUUGAACUAGAGCCGAACGUUGCAUCGAACAGCGAGGGAGACCAAAGUGAUGAUGGAGUAGGACCAACGUCGGGUGUGAACAUCACCAGGUGAAUGGCCAUGUUUCGAGUGGCUACACAAAGAUACUUCGAGCUAAAACACAACAGGUCGACCAUUUCAUCAUCGGUGAAGGUACGGGUAGGGCAUCUAAAAUAUUAGUGGAAGAAAACUCAGAAAACAUACAUGGGAGUUUACUUGAUAGCUUAAACCGCAAGAAAAGCGUCAAAUUGACGACGAAGGACCUGUUCAAGAACGAUCGGAUUCUCACCACUUGACCCAUCUAACUGUUCCAUCGGCUCUCCCUCUACUCCUGAGGCAAACAUAUUAGCGAAAACAAAUGAAUUAUUUGCUAGGAUUGACGGCCUUAUACGAUAGAGCAUGUUUUCCACUUGCUGUAAACUCAGUCAGCC